AACCACUCUCUCUUUUCUCUUCCACACAGGCAACAUGGAGCAGUAUGUUGCUAGCCUUGAGCAGACCCUGCAACAGGUUUUAUUUUCAAAUGACAGUAAUCAGAUCAAAGAGGCAACCAAGGCAUUGAGCUCUCAAUACUUCACAGACGCGACAUGUGUUCCUGCUUUGACUCACAUUGUUGAGAACUCACCCCAGAAAGAGGUCCGUCAAUUGUCCGCUGUUGAGCUUCGUAAGCAAGUAGCUAACUGGUGGCCAAAAUUGGAAGAUGGUGUCAAGACCAACACCAAGGCACAGCUCUUACGCUUGAUCUUGAACGAACAAGAGUCUCUUCCUCGUCACUCGGCCGCACGUGUCAUUGCGACUAUUGGGCGGAUUGAGAUUCCAAUCAAUGCUUGGCCAGAACUUAUCGACUUUUUGUUCCAGUGCUGCUCCAGUACGACUCCUGGACAUCGUGAGGUUGGAGUGUAUAUCAUUUACGCCAUUUUUGAGGUCACUGACGCAUUUGCUGACAAUUUGCGUCAACUUUUGGAGCUAUUCAGUCGCACUAUUGUUGAUCCAGAAUCUCAAGUUGUUCGCACUACCACUGUCCAAGCCCUUGGCAAGAUGGCUGACUUUAUUGAUGACGAUCAAAAGCAGGAGAUUGACAUGUUGACGGAACUUGUCCCUCAUAUGGUUCACGUCCUCAAACAAUGUCUUGACAAUAGUGAUGAAGAAUCUGCAGCCAAGUGCUUUGAUGUUUUUGACACUCUUCUGUUGCUUGAAAUCCCUGUAUUAUCGAAGCACGUUCAGAGUCUGAUCGAGUUCUUUUUAACUGUCGGUGCCAACCGAUCGUAUGAACCGUUGAUGCGUGUCCAAGCUCUGUCGUUCUUGAUGUGGGCCGUUGUAUACAAAAAGACCAAGAUCCAACGCCUCAAGCUAGUCAGCCCUAUGAUCCAGGCACUAAUGCCGAUUGGAGCUGAGGAAGAACCCGAUGAUAUGGAUGAGGACUCUCCUGCUCGCUUGGCCUUCAAGGUCAUCAACACAUUAGGUACAAAUCUCCCUCCUCAACAAGUCUUUCCCAUCGCGUCCGAAGGUAUUAUCGCUUAUAUGCAAAACCCUAAUCCCUUGUAUCGCAAGGCCUCGAUGGUCACCUUGGCUGUGUUGGUCGAGGGUGCUGUUGAUUUUAUUCGCCCCAGGUUCCAGGAUCUCCUCCUGAUUGUCUGCACAGGCCUCCAGGAUCCCGAAGCCAUUGUCCGUCGUGCUGCGUGUAUGGCUCUGACAUCCCUUGCUGAGGAUUUUGAUCAGGAGAUUGCAGAGAAUCACGCUACUCUCCUGCCCCUGGUCUUCAAUUUAAUGAACGAGCCUUCUCCUGAUAUCACCAGACAGGCGUGCAAUGCUUUAGAUUCUAUUUUAGAAGAUUUGGGUGACAACAUUCUACAAUAUCUACCUGAAUUGAUGCAAAAACUGCUCCAAAUGCUGGAUCACGCACAAGGCGAGACACGGGCUAUCGUUGUCGCCGCCAUUGGCAGUGCUGCUCAUGCGUCAGGAGGGGAAUUCACGCCUUACUUUCAUGAAGUGACCAAGCGCCUCCAUCAUCUGACUACGCUUCGUGCAAAUGAAGAUGAGCUCAUGCUUCGGGCCGUCGCGACAGACGCCCUUGGCGCUGUUGCACAGGCUGUUGGCAAAGACGCUUUUAGACCAUAUCUAAAUGAUCAAAUGAACUUGGCGCUCGAAGGAUUGCAGUUGAACAACACUCGAAUUCGUGAAUGUGUAUAUUAUUUCUUUGCAGGGAUCGCUCAGGUCUUUGAAGAUGAAUUUUCCCCUUACUUGGCGGCCAUCAUUCCUCACCUGAUUCAAUCUUGCCAGCUUGAUGAAAACACUACUCGAGUCGAAAACGAAACUGAAGACCUGGAAGAUCUGGAUGCAGAUGAAACAGAGGAAGAUGUUAAUUAUGUCUUCAAGUCUGCAAUUGCGGAUGAAAAGGAAGUUGCCGCUGAUACUAUCGGAGAACUUUUCCAGCAUACGCGUUCGGCUUUCUUACCAUAUGUUGAGUCAACUGUGAAGGAGUUGACCGAACUCACCACACAUAUGGCAGAUGGUGUCCGCAAAGCAUCAUGUGCCGCCCUCUUUGCCUUCCUGCGCACUUUCUACAGUCUUUCGAAUGCCCAGGAAUGGAAAGCCGGUCUUCCUGCUCCUAUUCCUCUCCACGAUAAUGUUGUGCAGCUGAAUUCGUUGGUAAUGCCCGCGGUUCUUGGCAUUUGGCAAGACGAAGAUGAAAAAAUGGUGGUUGUCCAGAUCUGUCAGGAGAUGGCUGAAGCCAUCAAACUUUGUGGCCCAGGGAUUAUUGCUGACCAUAUUGGUGAAAUUGCUGAGCAAUUGAAGUUGAUUUUCGAAAAGAAAGCCUAUUGCCAACAGGAGCUGGCUGAUGAUGAAGGACUAUUGGACGAGGAUGAGCAAGCAGAGUUUGAUGCCCUCUUAAUUUCAGCUGCUUCAGAUUUGAGUGGUGUUCUGUCUGCAGCGCUUGGAACCAGCUUUGUUCCCUAUGCUCAAGUCUUUAUUCCUCAUAUUGCCAAAUAUUACAAGAAAUCAAAGCCUAGCAGUGAGCGUUCCAUGGCGAUUGGCUCGCUUGGAGAGAUUGCCAAUGGCAUGGGCAGCGGUAUUACCGAAUUUACCGAACAGCUUUUCCCUCUAUUUGUCAAAGCCCUUAGUGAUGAGGAGGAUGAAGUUCGUAGCAACGGAGCUUUUGCGAUUGGUGCACUCUGUCAAAAUACCACCAUCGACUUGUCAUCCCAAUAUCCUACUCUUUUGACUGCCCUGUAUCCGCUGUUCCAAGGGCAAGCUCUUCCUAAUGUCACAGACAAUGCUUGCGGAGCUGUCGCUCGAAUGAUCAUGAGGCAUCCCGAAGCAGUUCCUUUGGAUCAAGUGCUUCCUGUUUUUGUUCAAGCUCUGCCACUGAAGCGUGAUUUUGAGGAGAAUGAGCCUGUGUACCAGCUGUUGUUCUCUUUAAUCCGUACACAGAAUUCAUGGGUCGGAAACAACUUGCCCCGGUUACUCCAAAUCUUCACGGAAGUAUUGUCUAAAGAGGACGAACUCAAACCGCAUAGACGCCAGGAGAUGAUUGACAUCAUCAAGAGUCUGAAUCAGCAAUUCCCAGCUCUGAACAUUGGCAGCACGUCUUUGAGCGCUUAUCUGUAGAGUUUUCCCAGAUGUUACAAUGUUCCUCUUAUAGUAAAACAAAUAAAGCACGGUG